AUUCAUGAUCUUCUGUUUUCAGCAACUCUGCUAGUCUCUUCACAUCCUUCGUACUGAGCAUAUUUUUUCACAGAAAGUGGCAAACCUUCGUUCAAGAAACGUAAAAGCACGCGUUAUUUAAACUGAGAUACAGAUAUUUAUUAACACUGGCUUUCAGUUGUUUCAAAUCGAGGUAUACCGUGUUUACGUUGUCAAGACAACGCACAACAAACAUAAGGAACGAGCGUAAAAAUAGAAUCAUUUUUGCAGCAUAUAGUUAAGAAAACCAAUCGUAAAAUACGAACAAGCCAAAAACAUUGCUCCCCGAUAGGAUCAGGGCGCAGACUUUAACAGGGAGCUCUGCUUGAAUUAAAAUCUUGUCUUGAUUUACAGAGCGCGAUUAUCUUUCAAACCUUUUGACGAAGUUUUAAAAAUAUCUCGCAAAACAUUUCAGUAGCUUCUGUUGAUUGUUUUCUGUUCUAAUUUAAACAAUGUAUUGCCCACGUCACUCAGGUGUACGCCGAUCGCACUCUUUCAUUGGAUGCCAUGUAUAGCAUCCAUGUACAGGCGGGUUUCCUCGUUUUAAAUACCUUGGAGUUGUUUGUGACUGUGCUUUGUGGAACACUAAACAAACUGUAGAACAAUAUUUACCUGCUAUGGCAGAAGCUGGAAGUGAGAAACUAUCGAAGAAUGAACUGAAGAGACGACUAAAGGCUGAACAAAAGGCAAAGGAGAAAGCGGAGAAAGAGAAACAAAAAUCUGAAACACUAGCACCAAAGAAGAAGACUGAUACACAUGCUGCUGCAGAGGAAGAAGUCAGCCCAAAUGAAUACUUCCGUUUACGAACACAAGCUGUUACCCAAUUGAAGCAAAGUGAUGAACAUCCAUAUCCCCACAAAUUUCAUGUUUCUAUAUCCUUAGAAGAGUUUGUAGAAAAAUACAGUGGUGUUAAUGAUGGAGAAAUCUUGGAGAACAUCGAACUUAGUGUUGCAGGGCGUGUUCAUGCUAUCAGAGAAUCUGGAGCGAAGUUAAUAUUCUAUGACCUGAGGGGGGAAGGUGUGAAAAUUCAAGUUAUGGCAAAUGCAAAAUUGUAUUCCUCUGAAGAAAAGUUCAUUGAGGAUACAGGUAAAAUAAGACGUGGUGAUAUUGUUGGCUGUGUUGGCUCUCCAGGUAAAACCAAGAAGGGUGAACUCUCAAUAAUACCAAAACAAAUUAAACUGUUGUCCCCAUGUCUUCAUAUGCUGCCACAUCUACACUUUGGUUUAAAGGACAAGGAAACUAGGUUUCGCCAGAGGUAUCUUGAUCUGAUUCUGAAUGAAAAAGUACGUCAGAAGUUUCAUGUACGAGCACAAAUUAUUUCAUAUGUGAGGAGAUUUUUAGAUAAUUUAGGAUUUCUAGAAGUAGAAACUCCAAUGAUGAAUAUGAUUGCUGGUGGUGCAACAGCUAAGCCAUUUGUUACACAUCAUAAUGAACUAAAUAUGGACCUGUACAUGAGAAUUGCACCUGAGCUUUACCUGAAGAUGCUGAUAGUAGGCGGUAUUGACCGUGUUUAUGAAAUUGGAAGGCAGUUUAGAAAUGAAGGUAUUGAUCUAACACACAACCCAGAAUUUACUACAUGUGAAUUCUAUAUGGCUUAUGCAGACUACAAUGAUUUAAUGCUCAUUACGGAGAGCAUGGUAUCAGGUAUGGUUAAAAGUAUUCACGGGUCGUAUAAAGUGACAUAUCAUCCAGAGGGCCCAGAUGGAAAAGCAAUAGAAAUUGACUUUACACCUCCAUUUAAGAGAAUAAGUAUGUUCCCAGCAUUAGAGGAGAAACUAAAUAUAAAAUUACCAAGCCCAGAAACACUUGGAACACCUGAAGCAAAUAAGUUUUUUAGUGACUUGUGUGAAAAGCAUGAAGUGGAAUGUGCGCCACCACGAACAACUGCUCGGUUGCUGGACAAGCUGGUUGGAGAAUUUCUUGAAGAAAACAGUAUAAAUCCAACAUUUAUUAUUGACCAUCCUCAAAUAAUGAGUCCUUUAGCCAAAUGGCAUCGAUCUGUUAAAGGAUUAACAGAAAGAUUUGAGUUGUUCGUAGCAACAAAAGAAAUAUGCAAUGCAUACACUGAGCUGAAUGAUCCUAUUGUCCAACGUGAACGAUUUGAGCAACAGGCAAAGGACAAAGCUGCUGGUGAUGAUGAAGCUCAGCUUAUAGAUGAAAACUUCUGCGCAGCACUUGAGUAUGGUUUGCCUCCAACGGCUGGUUGGGGAAUGGGAAUUGACAGAGUUACAAUGUUCUUGACCGAUUCAAACAAUAUAAAGGAAGUUCUGUUCUUCCCAGCUAUGAAACCAGAUGAUCCUAAUAAAGGCAAAGAGAAUGAUGAAAUCAAGCAAUGACCAGGUUCCAUUUUUUGGAAGAUGAACACACAAGGAUACAGAGUUCCCGCUGUUGCUUCUGGAUACGUGUGAAAUCACAUGAAGAUACUCAUGUUGUGGGGUGUGCUUCAAUUCAGUGACAGACAUUGACCACAAAUCCACAUUGGCAAGACUUCUGUGACACAUGCAAUUUUAUGUUUUAUUGUGCUGCUGCCCUGGCCGUGGUUAGGCAGUAAUUGAACACGAGAAUAUGUGGGAAAAAUAUGGAGCAUAUUUUUAAGAGGCAGAAGUAAUGAAACUCAGUUGUUGAAUAAUUUGUAAGGAAGCCCUAGGUAUCCUACCUUUAGCACUGUUUUUUCUCCAGUGUUAAGGGGGCAGUUUCUGAUUUUAUUUAUUUUUAGUUCCCUAAUUAUCAUGCUGGAGGCUCCAGUUGGAUAGGAAUGCAAUUGAUGCAAGUGAAUUUUGUAAAAUUUUAGAAAAUAAUGUAAGGUGUGAAUCUUUCUUCAUUGCCCAAGUUAAAUGGGUAGGUGUGUGUGUGUGUGUUUGUGUGGAGAGAGAGAUAUGAAAGUAACUAAUUAUUUGCCUUAUGCUGCAAGUGUCAACGAAACACACAGCAGUGUGUUGUGCAUGCUUCCUGUCACUUUGAAUAAAGAGAGCACGGUUUUAUCUUGCUGUUAAGAACAGUGCUCACUGUUUUUUACUUACCGUAAUAAUGUUUUGCUACUUGCCAGGCAGCAGCAAAUUCUUGUUGAUGGAACUGUAGCUUUUUCGUAUUGAAAAAUAAAGUGGUCAAUCUAGGUCAAAAUUAUCCAGAGUCAGAGGAAACCUAAUUGGAAACAGCAAAGAAAUAACUUUUCAAAUCUCA